AUGCGAUUUAAUGCAAUUUUAUGUUAUUCGUUAUUAUUCCUUAUUUUUUGCUAUCCCAGCGAUUUUAUACUUUUUUUCUUAUCUGUUAUCUAUCCAUCAACCACCAUCUAUCAUCCACUCAUCGAUCAGGCAUCAACCACCAUCCAUCAUCCAUCAACCACCAUCCAUCAUCCAUUCAUCCAUCAACCACAAUCCAGCAUCCACUCAUCCAUCAACCACCAUAUAUCAUCCACUCAUCUAUCAGACAUCAACCAUCAUCCACUCAUCCAUCAACCACCAUCCAUCCAUCAACCAACAUCUAUCAUCCAUUCAUCCAUCAGCGAUCAACCACUAUCCAUGAACCACUAUCCAUCAACCACCCAUCAUCUAGCAACCACCAUCCAUCAACCACUAUCCAUCAACCACCACCCACCAUCCAUUAUCCAUCUACUACCAUCCAUCAACUAUCAUCCAUCAUCCACCAUCCAUCAACCACUUUCCAUCAACCACCACCCACCAUCCAUCAACCACCACCCACCAUCCAUCAACCACUAUCCAUCAACCACCACCCACCAUCAACCACCAUCUAUCAUCCAUCAUCCACCAUCCAUCAACCACCAACCAUCACAUUUAUCCAUUGAUCCUUCAACCAUCAUCUACUCAUCCCUCAACCACUAUCCAUCAACCACAUCCACCAUCCAUCAUCCAUCAACCACCAUCCAUUCAUCCAUCAACCACUAUCCAUUAUCUUUUAUCCAUCCAUCAACCACCAUAUAUUAUCCACUCAUCCAUCAUCCAUCAACCACCAUCCAUCAUCCACUCAUCCAUCAACCACCAUCCAUUCAUCCAUCAACCACCAUCCAUUCAUCCAUCAACCACCAUCCAUUCAUCCAUCAACCACCAUCCAUUAUCUAUUAUCCAUCCAUCAACCAACAUCUAUCAUCCACUCAUCGAUCAGCCAUCAACCACCACCCACCAUCCAUCAUCCAUCAACCACAAUCCAUCAUCGAUAAACCACAAACCAUCAUCCACUCAUCCAUCAUCCAUUCAUCCAUUAUCCAUCAACCACCAUCCACCAUCCAUUCAUCCAUCAACCACCACCCAUUAUCUAUUAUCCAUCCAUCAACCAUCAUCCACUCAUCCAUCAACCACCACCCACCAUCCAUCAUCCAUCAACCAUCAUCCACUCAUCCAUCAACCACCACCCAUCAUCCAUCAUCCAUGAACCACCAUCCAUCAUCCAUCAACCACAAUGCAUCAACCACCAUCUAUCAUCCAUUCAUCCAUUAUCCAUCAACCACCAACCAUCAACCACCAACCAUCAACAUUUAUCCAUUGAUCCUUCAACCAUCAUCUACUCAUCCAUCAACCACCAUCCUUUCAUCCAUCAACCACUAUCCAUUAUCUAUUAUCCAUCCAUCAACCACAAUAUUUUAUCCACUCAUCCAUUAUCUAUUAUCCCUCCAUCAACCAACAUCUAUCAUCCACUCAUCGAUCAGCCAUCAACCACCACCCACCAUCCAUCAUCCACCAUCCAUCAUCCAUCAUCGAUCAACCACAAACCAUCAUCCACUCAUCCAUCAUCCAUUCAUCCAUUAUCCAUCAACCACCAUCCACCAUCCAUUCAUCCAUCAACCACCACCCAUUAUCUAUUAUCCAUCCAUCAACCAACAUCUAUCAUCCACCAUCCAUCAACCACCAACCAUCAACAUUUAUCCAUUGAUCCUUUAA